CAAGAGAGUCAUGGCGAAUUGAACAAUUCAAAGAGGGCAAAGGGGGUGGAGAAGCCAACGAAGGAAUCAACCCUUCAAUUUCACUUCUUUUCUCACCUCUUUACAAGGUAUAACUCUUUAAUUUCUCUCUUCUUCUGAUUUUGGUGGAUCAUUAUGUUAAAAGAUAGAGAAAAUUGCUCAAGUGAUGGUGGUAAUGGAAGCAAAACCUCUGAACCGAAGCUGACACAGAUAGGGUCUGAAGAAAAUCGAGGGAAUCCGGAUGAAAGAAUUGGGUUUUCCGAUAAGGGUAAUGGGUUUUGUAGAAAUUCAGACCAGGGUCUGGAAUCAAAACCCUCGAAAUUGGGAAUUUCUCAAGAGUUGACUUUGAGCUAUCUGUGUGAUAAUUCGAAAUUGGCUUCUUCGGAUAAUGGUAAAAGUGUACUGAAUUCCUUUGAUACAGUUAAAGGAAAAUUGGUUGUUUCUGAGGAUCAUAAUAAUCAUAACCAGGAUGAGAAUAGGUGGGUAGAGAGAGACUUUCUGCAAUUGUCAGAGAAUUCGUCAAAAAGAGAGGUUGAAGAUGAUGAAAUUUAUAGAGUGAAUAGAGAUAAGAAGCCAAAGUUAGAAACCCUUGACCUAUCUCUAGCUUUGCCUGAUACUUCUAUGUCUCUGGCUGCAUCGAAUCGGGUUCAAGAUGGUGAUCCUUCGGUGAGUUUGAGGCCAAGUAGGAGUUUACAGUCUUUAGGUAGGUCAAAUAGUAACAACACUCAAACUACCUUCUCCAAUGAUUUCACAACUGGUUCCAUGUCGUAUUCGUAUUCACAUCAGUUUUCACAUAACCCAAGUUGCUCUAUGACUCGAAAUUCUACUGAGAAUUACGAGUAUUCAAUGGGUAGUCAUAGGAGAGAUUGUGACCAGAUAUGGAAUGGUGGGGAGGGCACUAACGGGUCGGUUCAUAGCCGGUUUAGGCCUGUAGGUGAUGGUGGUGUUGCAUUGGUACAAGCUAACCGGACCAAUUCUGAUAACAAUCUUUCAUUUUUCCCAUCUGAACUGCCGGCAAGGAUGAAAAUGGACACACAAUCGGGUGAUUCAAGGGGGAGAGGUUCUGAGAACACAAAGGGGUUGGAGGGUUUGGAUUUUGGAAGGUCACGUAAGCUUUCUAGACCUGAAAAGAUUCUUCGAGAAAUUGUAUCUGAGUCUAUUCCCACAAUGGCUCAAGUAACGCAAGAGCUUCCUGAAGAAACAUUCGAAUCCACAAAAGAUUAUUUGAAGAAACUGAUCUCGAUUCCUGAAAAGAGAGACGAAUUGGUGGGGUUGCAGCUUCGGCUCGAGAGAAGGUCUGAUCUCACCAGUGAAACACUCUCAAAAGCAAAUGAAAACCAACUUGUGCUUUUGGUUUCUAUAAGAAUGGGCCUCGAGAGCUUCUUAUCCAGCCAAACCCGCCUUUCGACAAAUGAACUUAUCGAGAUCUUUUUAUUCGAAAGGUGUAAGAAUGUGAAUUGCAAGAGAUUAUUGCCUGUUGAAGACUGCGACUGCAAGAUUUGCUCCACAAAGAAAGGAUUUUGUAGCGAGUGUAUGUGUCCUGUUUGUCUAAACUUCGACUGCGCCAGCAACACCUGCAGUUGGGUUGGGUGUGAUGUAUGUGGUCAUUGGUGUCAUGCAGCUUGUGGUAUUCAAAAGAAUCUAAUAAAGCCCGGUCCAAGUUUGAAGGGGCCCGCGGGGACAAGCGAGAUGCAAUUUAACUGCCUUUGUUGUGGUCAUGCUUCUGAAAUGUUUGGGUUCAUUAAGGAUGUUUUCAAGGCUUGUGCAGUACAAUGGGAUUUGGAGACAUUAAUCAAAGAGCUUGAUUGUGUUAGGAAAAUCUUUAGAGGGAGUGGAGAUUUUAAAGGGCAGAAGCUUCAUAUGAAGGCCAGUGAGUUGAUAUCAAAACUUGAGAACAAAGUGAUGUCCCCUUCAGAAGUAUGCAGCUUCAUCCUUCAAUUCUUCAACUCCAUAGACACAGACAUCACGUCCGAGUAUCCCGUCACCAACUCGUCCUUAAAAGACGCCAUCCCGCCAUUGAAACCUCACCCGUUGCAGCAAACGUCCUUCUACAACAUGGGAUCUUCAAAUAGCAGGGGAGAUAAAGAAAACAGUCUCAAAACUCAUCCCCACAUGAUGAAUUCCAACAAAAUGAUGAUCGAGGACGAAUGGUCCGUGAAAUCGUCAAAGAAAGACGCAUUCGACAGCGUGGAAAGCCUCGUGAGAAUUAAAGAAGCGGAAGCAAGAAUGUUUCAAACGAAAGCCGAUGAAGCAAGAAGAGAAGCAGAAGGGUAUAAACGGAUGAUCAGGGUAAAGAUCGAGAAGUUGGAUGAAGAGUAUACAGAGAAGAUCGGGAGGUUAAAUUUGCAAGAAACCGAAGAACGAAGAAAGCAGAAAGCGGAAGAGGUUAAGGUUUCGGAAAACGAUCAUUGCGAGUAUUACAAGAUGAAGAUGAGAAUGCAAGCAGAGAUUGCUGGUUUAUUGGAGAGAAUGGAGAAAACUAAACAGCAAUGGAUGUGAUCUUAAAAUUCUUCCAUCUUU